AUUAGAAUCUCUGUUGCUAAGUAAACCAGCCAAUGGAACCUACUCUCCCUACAGGUCAGGACCCCUGACAGUGCCAGCCAGGUGUGCAGGCUUCCUUAGGAAUUCAAGGAGAGUGCCAUGCUGUCACCAGUUGAGAUGUCUCUGAAUCUUUGAACCUCCCUUUGAGUUUCUGUACUUCACUUUUGGGGAUGGAGUGGGGAAUGAAUAACCUUUCCUGGAGAGGUCACUGGCAGCAAGAUAAGAAGCACCUCAGUUCUCCUGGUUGCUGUCAGGGUUGUAUUAACUUGCAGACUUGCAGGAUGGCAGCUGCAAAUCCAUCCAUCAUACCUGUCCCUGCGUGUGCACAUCAGAGAGUCACAGACAUGGAAAACACCCACUGGGAGUCACAGAACUUGGUAACCUUCGAGGAUGUGGCCAUAGACUUCACCAGAGGGGAGUGGAAAUUGCUGGACCCAUCUGAGAGAGAACUCUACCGAGAUGUGAUGCUGGAGAACUACAGAAACUUGGCUUCCCUGGGACACCAGCUCUGCAAACCUACUCUGAUCUCCCAGCUGGAGCAGGAGCAGGAGCCGGAGACUGCAGAGAGAAAACUUCACCAAGACCCUUGUUCAGUGCCUGUCCUCCAGGGCUUUCCUCAAGCCCCUGCUUGUGUACAUCAGAGAAACACUGCAUCACAGACCUUGGUAACCUUCCGGGAUGUGGCCGUAGACUUCACCAGAGGGGAGUGGAAAUUGCUGGACCCACCUGAGAGAGAACGCUACCGAGAUGUGAUGCUGGAGAACUAUGGAAACUUGGCUUCCCUGGAUGUGAUACUUUUGCCGCCAGCCAACCGGCCACAACCUAUCCGAGAAAGCUCAGAAAGACAAAGAGUGAGUGACAGGAAGUACAGGGGAUUGAACCUAGUGCUGUAUACAGAGCUACAUCCGCAACCUUUUUUUCAACUUUUAUCUUUAUUUUUCAUUUUAUUUUUCAAUUGUAUUUAUUUAUUUAUUUUCAUUUUGGGGGCACAAGCUUGCUAAUAUAUGGCCCAAGCCGGGUUCCAGUUUGUGAUUCUGCAACAUUACCCUCCCAGAGUGUGGGAUUACAGGGCU